AUGGAGGCGCUGCCAGCCACCUCGAACUUUGCCGUCACGUCGUCGGCCAGCGGCAAGCGCGUGCUUCUCGUCUCGCUCACCGAGAGUACCGAGGACGUUGUCGAAGCACCGCCCAAGCGCAUCAAGCUGCAACCCAUGCCGCCGCUCAAAAUUCUGUUUCCAAUCUGGCAUCUCACGGACCUUGUGACGGACAACGACCUCAUGGACGAGGACGACGCAUGGCUGCUCGAGUACUUUCUCUCGUAA